UAUUUUUUUCUGGCGAAGGUAGAAUAUUAAAAGUAUUGAUUUGUCCCCCGAACCAUUUAAACCCAACCAGAAUAUCCUACAUUUAUAGCUGUACAGUGGACUUAAAGCCGCAAAAUGGCAGAUCAACUAACAGAAGAACAGAUAGCAGAAUUCAAAGAGGCAUUCAGCCUUUUUGACAAGGAUGGAGAUGGAACCAUCACAACCAAAGAACUGGGUACAGUUAUGAGAUCCCUAGGACAAAAUCCUACAGAGGCAGAGCUUCAAGACAUGAUUAACGAAGUUGAUGCUGAUGGAAAUGGAACCAUAGAUUUUCCCGAAUUUCUUACAAUGAUGGCAAAGAAAAUGAAGGACACUGAUUCCGAAGAGGAGAUGAGAGAAGCCUUCCGGGUGUUCGAUAAAGAUGGAAACGGUUUUAUUAGUUCAGCAGAACUUCGUCACGUGAUGACAAGUUUGGGCGAGAGAUUAUCAGAGGAAGAAGUGAAUGAAAUGAUCAGGGAAGCCGAUAUUGAUGGAGACGGUACCGUGAAUUACGAAGAAUUUGUCAAAAUGAUGACCAACAAGUAGAAUGCGAAGAUGCAAUGUCGUAAAGAGCAGUUCAGAUGUUAUCAUAUUAUUUUACGCAAAACAAUUUAUUAUUGCAUUCUUUUUAAAGAUGUGACAUAUGUCAUAUAAUAAUGCAUGAUAAGAUUAAUGUGUUAUUUAGCCUUUUUAGCGUUUAUGAACAUUUGUGAUAAUAAACACGUGUCUUGAACAUGAAGACAUUGCAAUAGAA